UGUGGGGAGAUCAUUUGUCAAUAGCUUAUUCUGUGCGUUAGCUGGACCAAAGGAAUCCAGUGGGCAUUUUCCUAGUUAUUUCAAAGCAGGAUAUUAAAUACAGCACCUAGCACAAAUUGCUUUUUUAUUUGGUCAGUAAUGGACGGGUUGGUUGAAAUGGCAUUCAGAUGCCUGAAAAACUGGGGUAAGGAAGAAGGGGAAAACGCUCUACAUUUUUGUGUAUAUAUUCAAAAGUUGAUGAAGUUGAUUUUUAAGAGUUGGCACUUUGAAAGAACUGAAAUUUUGUGUGAAAGUUGGAAAUCUUGCUGAUGCUUCUUCGGGUAUUUUCCUCUAGGGUGAGACAGUGAAGGGAUCUAUACAUAGAGUUUUAAGAAAAUCCACAAAGUUUGUUAUUGUACUCUGCAGAGAGGAAAGGAUCCAAGAUACAUAGUUUGUGUGGCUCGCUUUCCCCAUAUGAUACGGUUUUUUUUUAACAGGAUAAUGACUCUGAAGUGGGACAGACCUGCUGAGAGUUAUUUGAAGUGCAGAGCAAGUUGCCUUGAAUUUCCUUUCCAUUUCAGUAUUUUUCCUUUCCCUGAAAUCCUUUAAAAGUUUGGUAUGAUCUUAUGAAUUUAUUAUGGCAUAUGUUAGUUUCACCUAUUUCUUGAAAUCAGUAGAUAGCAUAGAGUUGUUCUAUGAUUACCCUUGACAAUCAUUUGUAUUUCAGUGUAGUAAUAUUCUGUUGAAUUUGAACGUGAGAUGUCCUUCAUUAAUUCAGUUUGGCUAGGCAUAUCUAAAGAAUAUAAAAAAUUGUGGUGCAGAGCAAGUACGUUCUACGUAGUGUUAUAGCCAAGUAUACAGUUUAGAGAAAGUUGUAUUAUAGGUAGUAUUGUGGCUUUAAACUUAGGAAUUAACCUGUGAAUCUUGUUCUAAUUUGUAAAGAAUAAAAUUGGCUGGCGUGCAUUUUAACUUUAUGUCAACCUUCUAGUCUUCUGUUGUUAUAAUUUCCUCUGUGAUGCCACAGUUAUAUUUAGUUUUGAAUUUAUUGGAAAACCUUGUGCUCUCUUGGACUUUUGAAAAAGAAUUUGAUAACAGAAAAAAAUGUUGGAGCGAUUCACAGAUGUUACCCAUACUUCUGAGACUUGGCAUUGGGUUACUUGGUAGAAGGCGUCGCACAAUGAAAGAAGACUGGAAUGGCAGGCAGUCACUCUUGGUGCUAUCACUUAUCUUGUUAUGGUAACAGCGAGGAAAUAACGUCCUCGGUUUUGAUUGGUCACAGUUUUCCUGGGCUCACAAUUGUAGUGGAAUAGCUGUUGCAUAGAUUCGUUUUUAGUCAAAAUGGGGUAAUAUAUGUGAAAGCACUCUGAUAACAAACUGUUGUGUGGAAGAGAUUUUUAAAUUCUCUGUUUUGCUUCCCUCCCUGUAUGCCCAGUACAGUCCUUGUCACAGCGCAUGCAGUCAGUACCUGUUUACGGACUGAAUGUGUGCAGGCUGUAUGUUUUUUCCUCGAAUGGCAUUUUAUUUAUUUAUGUUUUUAAUUUUGAGAGAGGCAGAGACCCCUCGAGUGGGGGAGGGGCAGAGAGAGAGAGGGAGAGAGGAUCCCAAGCAGGCUCAGCACUGUCAGCGCAGAGCCUGAUGUGGGGCUUGAACUCAUGAAACCGUGAGAUUGUGACCUGAGCCAAAAACAAGAGUUAGACGCUUAAUCGACUGAGCCACCCAGGUGCCCCGUGAGUGAUAUUUUAAAAAGAUGUUUGAAGACGUUUAAUUAUCGUUUAAGACUGAAUGGUGUGUUGCCAGAAGUAAACCAGUAUCUUUUAAAAGUUGUUAUAAAUAUCAUUAAGAGAAUAUGCCAUUCUUUCUCUUUUUUCCUUCCACAAUAGAUAAUUUUGGGGCAGUGUUAAUGCUUAAUUGUUUGGGAGUUGAAACUUGACUUCAUUUCAACAAAAAGUAUCCAAGAAUGUGGAGAAACGUGCUAGUCCUCACAAUUAGCGGACAUCUAUAGCAAACGUACUUUAAUGAAUAAGGAAGAGGAUUUCUUGUGAUUUUAAUUGUAUUCCAUAACAUUUGAGUUCAGGCUGAGUCAUCACUAGAGAGUGGGAAGGGCAGCAGCAGCAGAGAAUCCAAACCCCAAAGCUGAUAUCACAAAGUACCAUUUCUCCAAGUUGGGGGCUCAGAGGGGAGCCAUCAUGAGCGAUGUCACCAUCGUGAAAGAAGGUUGGGUUCAGAAGAGGGGAGAAUAUAUAAAAAACUGGAGGCCGAGAUACUUCCUUUUGAAGACAGAUGGCUCAUUCAUUGGAUAUAAAGAGAAGCCUCAAGAUGUGGAUUUACCUUAUCCCCUCAACAACUUUUCAGUGGCAAAAUGCCAGUUAAUGAAAACAGAACGACCAAAGCCAAACACAUUUAUUAUCAGAUGUCUCCAGUGGACCACUGUUAUAGAGAGAACAUUUCAUGUAGAUACUCCAGAGGAAAGGGAAGAGUGGACAGAAGCUAUUCAGGCUGUAGCAGACAGACUUCAGAGACAAGAAGAGGAGAGAAUGAAUUGUAGUCCAACUUCACAAAUUGAUAACAUAGGGGAGGAAGAGAUGGACGCUUCCACAACCCAUCAUAAAAGAAAGACAAUGAAUGAUUUUGACUAUUUGAAACUACUAGGUAAAGGCACUUUUGGAAAAGUUAUUUUGGUUCGAGAGAAGGCAAGUGGAAAAUACUAUGCUAUGAAGAUUCUGAAGAAAGAAGUUAUUAUUGCAAAGGAUGAAGUGGCACACACUCUCACUGAGAGCAGAGUGUUAAAGAACACUAGACACCCCUUUUUAACAUCCUUGAAAUAUUCCUUCCAGACAAAAGACCGUUUGUGUUUUGUGAUGGAAUAUGUUAAUGGGGGAGAGCUGUUUUUCCAUUUGUCGAGAGAGCGGGUGUUCUCCGAGGACCGCACACGUUUCUAUGGUGCAGAAAUUGUCUCUGCCUUGGACUAUCUACAUUCCGGAAAGAUUGUGUACCGUGAUCUCAAGUUGGAGAAUCUGAUGCUGGAUAAAGAUGGCCACAUAAAAAUUACAGAUUUUGGACUUUGCAAAGAAGGGAUUACAGAUGCGGCCACCAUGAAGACGUUCUGUGGAACACCAGAAUAUCUGGCACCAGAGGUGUUAGAAGACAAUGACUAUGGCCGAGCCGUGGAUUGGUGGGGACUAGGGGUCGUCAUGUAUGAAAUGAUGUGUGGGAGGUUACCUUUCUACAACCAGGAUCAUGAGAAACUUUUUGAACUAAUACUAAUGGAAGACAUUAAAUUUCCUCGGACACUCUCUUCAGAUGCAAAAUCAUUGCUUUCAGGGCUCUUGAUAAAGGAUCCAAAUAAACGCCUUGGUGGAGGACCAGAUGAUGCAAAAGAAAUUAUGAGGCACAGUUUCUUUUCUGGAGUUAACUGGCAAGAUGUGUAUGAUAAAAAGCUUGUACCUCCUUUUAAGCCUCAAGUAACAUCUGAGACAGAUACCAGAUAUUUUGAUGAAGAAUUUACAGCUCAGACUAUUACAAUAACACCACCUGAAAAAUAUGACGAGGACGGCAUGGAUGGUGUGGACAGCGAGCGGCGGCCACAUUUCCCUCAGUUCUCCUACUCUGCCAGCGGCCGGGAAUAAGGCCCUCAUUCUGCUCCUUCACGGUCAUCCUGGAUUUUCUUCCUCAAGAUGAUUCCUGGACACCACACCAGUCGUAGCUCUUACAAAGCAGGAGCGCCUCCAGACACCCCAGCCCACGCACACCCCCACGAGAACACACCUGUACGCAAACACACCUGUUUGUUUUUGCAUGAAAUUGUAUCUCCGUCUACGGUCUCAUGCUGCUGCUGCUACUGUCUUACUGUCCUAUAAGCAACUUUAAGAGGUAAUUUUGCAGUCUUUGGAAGUCACGAGCCCGCCAUUGUUCACUUGUGCACAGUUGUCAUCUUUCGAUCUUUUGGUUUUUGUUUUUCCCUAACAGUGAAGGCUAAAUGAGAUACACUGAGUCUAGGUACAUUUUUUAACUUUCUAGAAGAUAAAUCAAAAACUAAUUAGACUAAGAAGAUUUAGCGUAUAAUUCAGAGUAAGCGAUUGCGGCAGGGUGGUGAUGUGCAUAUGCGGGUUGUAGGAGAGCCUAUCAGAACAGUGCACAGAGUGGGGAACUCGCACGCAGACCUGGCUGGAGUCCGUAGGGAAGCAUCCGAGAGAAGGCCUGACCAACCGUUGAGCUAGCUCGAUAGACACACACUUAAUCCCUGUCGGACGCUGCCGAGGAAGCCUGCCGCCCCACCCGGACGUCCAGACCUCACUGGCGGCUGGCGGCAGACGAACACUGUCCUUCCGGGGAAGGAGGCAUAUGCACAGCAGAGGCAGGUCACUUAAAGGGGCUAUGAAACCAUUUGCACCAGAGAGCAUUUUUCUUUUUUCCCUGUGCUUGGAAACCUUUUUCCCUUCUUGAUAUUUAUCACCUCUGAUGGCUGAAGAAUGUAGACAGGUAUAAUGACCCUGCUUUUCACCAAAAUUUGUACACCGAGGUAAACAGGUGUUUGCCUUAUUUGUUUUAAGUUUUUACUUUGAGUUCUACGUGAAUUCGCUUUUUCUCGGAUGUUAAAUCUUUGAAUGUCCUUUUAUGAUUUUGUUUAUAUUGCAGUAGUAUUUAUUUCUUAGUGAAGAAAACUGUGUGUCAUGUUAGCAAAUGCAGCGCCAACUUACAUGAAAUAGACUCACUGCAGUUUAUUUGGACCCGUGUGCAAGGAUGUACACGCCAGUGAGAGGCAUGCACUUUUCCUCCUAUGUGACAAAAUCGGACGAGGCUCUGAAAUUGUACAUCUUGGUUAGAAUUUGGCUUUGGGAGAAGAGCUGCUGUCAUUUAACCCCUUGGUGCUGAAAGUGAGAAAAAUCCCCAACUCUCCAAGCCGAGGGGUUAAUGAGACAGAAGGAUGUCGGUGUUGCUCAUUCGAGGAUGGAAAGGCUCUGACGCCUGGCGACGUAACGCGGGGGAGGAAACCGAGACCCGCGUGACCAUGAGAAACCAACUUGACUUGGCAAAAGGAACGCAUCUCGAGUUUUUACAAAGUAGGCAGUAAGGGGUGAGAACCUGGUGUGUUUAUUCCGCUCAUGGUACAUUUAUCACUGAAUUAAGCCAUCAGGGAAAACACAAAACAACACAAAAAAAGAACACCUCCAACUUUUCUUUUUCUGUAUAUACUCAUGUCCCCCAAUUCCAACAUUUCUCACUGAGAGGGGACAUGUAUGCAAACCUCAUCUUUCUCCUUCAUUAAUGAUGAUCUUCAGAUUAAACCCUUUGGUGCUAGGAGCUGACAUUUUCCAAAGCAGCCUAUGAAGUCCAGGGGCCGGGGGCCCUGUUGCGGAAGCUGGCAGCCGGCCCCACGGAGCGUUCGUGGGGAUGGAUCGGUCACGUGAUCUGACAGCUCCCCGUGGAAGACUGCGGCGUGACGUGCUGUCACUGUCGAGAUGCGUUGUGCGCAAGAGCGAGUGACUUUCUGAGUAGGAUGAAUCAUAUUCAUACGCAGAUGUCUUAGCCUCAUGACGCUGGAAGUGUGGUCUGUACAGGAGACGCCACUGCUGGCGGUGGGCGGGCCACUGGGGCUGAGGGGGUUAAAGGGCAUUUUACUAAGGCAGCUAAGACAUAUUCAGACAUAGGUUUUAUCCUAAUUUUUCAUAUUUCUACCUGAGUGAAAUUCAUCCUCAGCAUCGAGUAGGAAGUUACAGGAAAUGGUAGUUCAUUCCUUCUGACACAUGUAGCUUCACUUUUUUGUUUUUUCUUCCCUUGGAAUUAUGUUGAAUGUUUCACUUUGACUAGAAAGUAGACUAGGAGGUAUGUCCUGUAAGUUGUCUCGCAUCCAUUAUAUACAAGAGGAACAGGGAGACGCAGAGAAGGCGGCUGAGGCUGGCUGAGGUUUGUGCGGAGCGUCCGUCCCUUUCGAGGAAAAGGGGGGGCCCGUACACUAAGCACUUGGAUAGCUUCCCCCCCCCCAAACCUUAAGGUGAUUUCCAUGACCCUGGCCAAGGACACUUCCUAAAGGUUAAGGACCGCGUGGACGGUGCCCCGGGCUGGCCAAGCCUCCCAGCCAGCUCUCCAGGCCCAGUCACUCUCGGCCUCGAGAUCCGUCAGAAGCACCGAGGUGUUUCCAGACUUCCCCCUCCCCCGCUCUCACCCCCAGGUCUCAAUCAGCUGGCGCCGAGGACUGACAGGUAACACGUGUGUGUAGAGGGAGAUUUCUGGAGAUUUCUGCACCUGCCCUCGAGGCUGCCCGUGGCUGUGGCAUGGGCCGCCGGCAGAUGGCAAGGCCUGAAACCCAGGAUCGUUCUAUCAGAGUUCGGUUCAGACUUUGUGGACUCCACCCCGUACUAACUCUCGUGAAGUCUGCCCUCUUGUCUCAGUGCAGCCACCUGGGAGGAAGUUGGCCAUUUCUGCUUGGAUUUCUGGCAGGUUGCUCACAGCUUUGCUUUCUACACUAAUUACAUAGCAUUAUUCCAGUAUUUUCCAUUUUCCCGUACCUGAUUUCCGGCUUCUUAAAGCUGACUGUUCUUGCAGGGGCCCCUUGCUUCUCCUAGAGUACAAAGGUAAGGGCCUCCCUUACUAACUGCAGGGUCUCUGUAUUACACCUCAACGUACACACUUUGCUGCUACUGUUUGUACUGUCUACAGUAGAAUUUCCUUACCUUGCUCCUGGUAGUGCAUUACAGGCAAGCAUGAAAUGUAAAGUAUUUAUUUAAAUAAAAAGAAAACCUCUAAAUUGGUAAUUGAAUUACCUCCCUGUAGCUUUAUAGUUUGUGACAUUUCUUGACCUUGCUAGUUCUUUCAUUAGAUCCGCGCAAGAUCUAGUCAUCUGGUUAAGGAUUUUAAGCAGACGCAACUAUGAACCCAAGAAACUGUAUUACUCUUACUGUUGGUCAUACUAAAACUAAAACUGUUCAUUUCCUUAAGUAUAUGACCCACAAGGAUGUGAAAUAACUACAAGAAACUGUUUUUGUACACUGUACAUCCUUAGUAUUUUUACACGUAUAUGAUAGGGAUGCACAUUAUUUUCCUUCGUACAGACAGCUUAAAUAAAGCACUAUGUCAAUCUGCUA